AUGUACUCCCGCACCACUACCCUGUUGAGCAGAAGCUGCCGGUAUCUUCUCCGCACCCCCGUCCAUCACAAAUCGCCGUUCUCGAUUUCCGCGCGCUCCUUUGCGGCAGUCAACGCAGCCAUGGCCGAUACUUCGGGCGUUACGGCCGAGUCGCUGAAGACCAAAUUGAUCGAUCAGUUGCAGGCGCAGCAUGUUGAGAUCGAAGACUUGUCGGGUGGUUGCGGACAGGCUUUCCAGGCCGUCAUUGUCUCCCCUCAGUUCGAGAAGAAGACCAUGCUUGCUCGCCAUCGCCUGGUGAACUCGGCCCUCAAGGCCGAGAUCGCUGCCAUCCACGCCUGGACGCCCAAGUGCUACACUCCCGAGCAGUGGCAGGCGCUGCACCAGGGCUAA